GCAAAAAACCUAAAAAAUUUCAGUUGAAUUCGAGAGGUUCAUAGGAGGAGAAGGAGAAAGAGCAAAAUAGGGUACACAUGGGGAAGAAGCAAGGAGAGAGAGGGAAAUCUUUGAUUUUGAGGAUUGAUGCAGCAAAUGAAAUCAGAGAUGCUGUUUAUUGCCGCCACCGAUGCUUCUCUCUCGCUGUAUUUUUUUUUCAGUCUCAAAUUUUAAACACACGAAUGCAAGAGUUAUCUACUGUUGAUGGUUUUGCGGAGAUAAAUGAAAGCUUAGCCGAGAUGGGGUUUUACUACAUCCAACAUCACGCCCAAGAUGCAGCACCAAAUGUUCUUAAUCUCAGCAUCAACAUUUUGGCGAAGUUGCGUGAAACAUGCUUGCGUACCAAAGACUUGGAAGAUUCUAUAGCCAUGGUGAAAUCAAUGAAAAAGUGUGGUUCACCUAUCAUCUAUAUCUGUUGUUAGACAUCUAUGAUGGUUGUGAAACAUUUUUAUAUUGUUUUGGUA